UAAAAAAAAAAUAAAGACCAGAAAUACGGCAACUUAUGAUAUUAACAAAACCGAUCGUUCUUCUUACAGUGACGCUCAAUAGCACCAUUAUUUUCAUCCUAUUUUUCCGACCAAACCCACUUCCCCCCAAGCAAGACACCAUGGCUCGAAGCUUUGUUCUGUGGCUUCAUGGUUUGGGUGACUCUGGCCCGGCCAAUGAACCCAUUAAGACACUCUUCACUUCGCCUGAGUUUAGAUUCACCAAAUGGUCUUUCCCUUCUGCUCCUAAUAACCCUGUCACUUGCAACUAUGGCUCUGUGAUGCCUUCGUGGUUUGACAUUCAUGAGAUUCCUGUUACUGCUAAUUCUCCAAAAGAUGAAGCUGGUGUGCUCAAAGCGGUUCAGAAUGUGCAUGCAAUGAUAGACAAGGAAAUAGCUGCUGGGACAGAUCCAAAAAAUGUGUUCGUGUGUGGAUUUAGUCAAGGAGGUGCCUUGACUUUGGCUAGUAUUCUUUUGUACCCAAAAACACUAGGAGGAGGAGCAGUUUUUAGCGGAUGGAUUCCUUUCAAUUCUUCUUUGAUUGAAAAAUUUAGUGUUGACGCAAGAAAGGUCCGAAAUCUAUUACAGACUCCAAUUCUGUGGUCUCAUGGAAUGGCUGACCGAACGGUAUUGUUUGAGGCUGGACAAGCAGGUCCACCAUUCCUUGAGCAAGCUGGCGUAAGCUGUGAGUUUAAGGCUUAUCCUGGUCUUGGCCACUCCAUAAGUAAUGAGGAGCUACGGAAUCUCGAAUCAUGGAUCAAGAGUCGUCUGAGUAGCUCUUCCUAAAAAGUUUGAGUAGUGUUAAAAUGCAAAGGCACUACUUCUCGUGAUUUUUAUUGUUGCCAAUGUACUGGAGAAACAGAAGUUGGUAAGAUAAUUAUGCAUAUUGUGGUUAUAAUGUCUUCAUGAUUUGAUUGUAUCGCUUUUAGUUCAGUGAGGUAAUGUGGAAUUGUUUCAACUUAUCGGAGCAAUUAUUGGAAGAGCUAUGUUAUGUACACAUAGUUUUGACUAUUGA